GUCAUUGUACGUAAGCAGGUGCACGUGAGAUGACCGUCUGCUAGACGGGUCAGUGGCUAGGUGCACUAUCCUCCUCGUGACGUCCCGGUUAGUUUUGAAAACCUUAUUUUCGGUUAGUUCUAUGUGAUUAUGUUACAUAGACCGACGGUCUUGAGGGAGGCAUUAUGUUCACAGUAUUUCGUAUAUUACUGAUACUUACCCACUUUUUGUACGAUUUGUUUUCUGCCGUUUAUAAUUAUUGCAUUAUCGUUCAUCGCAAGUGUACGAAGAUUUGGUACGGUGAAAAUUUAAGGACAGAAAUUGAAAUGUUGAUUCAAACCGCGAAUAAAAUGAAAAAACUGCCGAGGCAUGUAGUGAUCGUUUUCGGCGCGAAGGAGGAUACUAUUUUUGACUGCAUACGAAUAAUUGGAUGGUGUAUCACGCUUGGUAUACCGUACCUCAGCUUUUUUGACAUCAAUGGUUUUUUAGUCAAAAAUGAAAGUUCUUUAAAAUAUGAACUUGCAAAAAGGCGACCUGAUUUAGUGGAUCAUGUAAGUUGGAAUAAACCAAACAUAACAUCCAAGCAAAAUGGGAUAACUGAUUCUAAGUUGAAAACAAGAGUAUCUUUAUUAUCCUCCAUGCAUGGAAAAGGAGAAAUAGUAAUGUUAACAAAAAAAUUGGCUGAAGCAGUUGUCACAGGAACAAUCAAAUCAGAAGAAAUAAAUAGUGAUUUGAUUAAUGAAAAAUUAAAUUUAUGGAGAGUUCCAGAUCCUGAUUUAGGUGUAAUAUAUGGUCAUGUUUGUUGCACGUAUGGUGUUUUACCAUGGCAAACACGAAUAACAGAAUUCUUCACACUACCUUUACACUUCAGUCUAUCCGUAAAGGAUUUCACAUGUUUGUUAGAGAAGUACAGUAAAUGUGAACAACGAUAUGGAAAAUAAAGGGAAUUGUUGUGUGAAGCUUUUCUAUUUUGAACAAAGCCAGGAAGAAGAAACAAAUGAUGCAAAAAAUAGUUUUUAAGAAAACUUUACAAAGACUGAACUUAAAACAAUUUACAGAUAUUUUAUAAGUGGUUGCGUGUUAAUAAAUUAAUAAUGGUGGAACUAGCAACUCGUGCGAUACAAGUGUCGUUAAUGAACCGAUUUUAAUGUGUAUCUAUAAGAAACAAUUUAGAUAGUCUAAGUUAAAUGAAAUUCUCGUGAACAUGGAUAGAAGAGGAUUCCACAGAUCUUCGCAAAAAUGAAAUAUGAAGUAUUUUGAUUACACAUUCGAUUGUAAAAUAUUACAAUUAUUUUGUUACAAGGUAUUACAAAAUAAUAUCAUUGUACAGGAGCAUAGAAACAAUUUCUUGUUGUUUAUUAACAUUAAAGAGUUCUAUUUAUUUA